UUUUUGGCGUAGGUGCAUAAGCUUUGCACUAUGUCUGGACGUGGUAAGCAAGGCGGCAAAGCUCGCGCCAAGGCCAAGACUCGCUCCUCGCGGGCCGGGCUCCAGUUUCCCGUAGGCCGAGUGCACCGCCUGCUCCGCAAAGGCAACUACGCCGAGCGGGUCGGGGCCGGCGCGCCGGUGUAUCUGGCCGCGGUACUGGAGUACCUGACGGCCGAGAUCCUGGAGCUGGCGGGCAACGCGGCCCGCGACAAUAAGAAGACGCGCAUCAUCCCGCGCCACCUGCAGCUGGCCAUCCGUAACGACGAGGAGCUCAACAAGCUGCUGGGCAAAGUCACCAUCGCUCAGGGCGGCGUCCUGCCCAACAUCCAGGCGGUGCUGCUGCCCAAGAAGACUGAGAGCCACCACAAGGCCAAGGGCAAGUAAGGUCUGAAUUAAUACUCCAAUCUCUAAGAACAAAGGCUCUUUUCAGAGCCACCCACAACUUAUGUGGAAGAACUGAACACUGUCCUGAAACCUAUUAUGUAGUCCU